AUGACAAAAGAUCCUCUCAACCUCGACCUCGAAACUAAAUUAGAAGCAAUGCCCAAGAAAAAAAAGCAAAGGCUUUCUGGUUUUAUUAAGAAAGAAAAUAAGAGAUUGGAGACUAUUGAAGAAUCUCCUGUUCUUAUAGAGAAAGUAAAUACAAUAGAUGAUUUUAAUAGGCCUUCUUCAUCUUUACAAUCAUCAUCAGAACAUAGUCCAAUAUCGUUAGAUUCUACAUCAAGUUUUUUACCAUCAACAUCUUCAACUUCAUUCUCAUCGUUAAUAAUAAAUGAUUAUCCAACAAUUACAACAACCGAUCAUCCAAAUUCCAUCACUCUUUUUGAUAUUAGUAACCCACUUCAAAUUGUAGAAUAUGGUGGUAUUACUAGUUUCGACAACUUUGACACUUUGGUAGAAAUUAAAAAAAGUUAUCCGCCUAAUAACCAUGAUGAAGCUAUUAAGUCAGAUUCUUUAUCUAAUAAUGAAGAUGAUACAUCAGUCGAUCAAGAUGAUAAUGGUGAUUUUAAACGAAGAAGAACCCAAGUAAAUUAUGCUGAACCUAAUCUUCGAAAGUUAAGUGAACACAGUGUAGUUUUGGUUCGUGGUGGGCGUGUCAAAGAUUUGCCAGGAGUUAAAUAUCAUUUGGUCAGGGGAGCUUAUGAUUUUAGUGGAGUCCCUAACAGAAUCAGUUCCAGAUCAAAGUAUGGGACCAAAAAACCAAAAACUACAGCAACCAAAUAA